AUGACUGAAUCCGCACAAGGACGUCUUCUGACUGAUGACCAGAGCUUGCAAAAGCUCGGGUUAGAUAGAUCUCAACCUGCAAGCUGGGAGGACGGCCUUCGCAGUCCCGGCGUCGAAAGUGGAGAGUGGGAGUGGUGGUACGCCGACGCACAUCUUCAAGAUGGCUGGUUCUUGCAGGUUGCCUUCUUCUAUAUAACAGAAGGAGACGGUCCCAAAACGGGACUCAUUGAUCUGAACAUCGCCAAGGAUGGCAAGAAGCUAUGUGACUUGCAUAAGCGCCUUGGCAGUCUCCCCUCCGAUAUCGUGGUGGUGAAAGAACACUGUGAUCUUCAGUAUCGCAAGAGUUACUUCCGCAGUGUCAAUGGUCUCAAUGAGUAUCACAUCUUUGUCGACCCCGAUGAGAUGGAAGGAUUUGGUUUCGACGUGUUCAUCAAGAGAAGUACUCCAUCAUACCGACCGGGCACAGGUCGAUGGGACGUGGACGGUCGUCACUUCUCAUGGUUCGUAGCUGUCCCUGGUGGCCAGCUCACCGGAGAAGUCACGGUCAACAGCACCAAGACCAAGGUUGAAGGCAAUGCCUACCAUGACCACAACUGGGGCAACGUCCCCAUGGAGACGAUCUUGGACAACUGGCUAUGGGGACGCGCUGAUGUUGGGGGGCUAUCUAUAGUGUCAGCCUCAGUGCGCUUCCGUCAAGAUUGUGGUGGUCGAGAGGUGCCUCUGCUCUUCGUCGUCCGCGGGAAUGAGGUCCUGGUGGAUGUGAGCAACGAUCAACUUGUGUGCUUGGAGGGAAUGAAGAUCGCGCAACCAGACACAGGCAAGCCCACCAGCUCGGAUUGUAUCUACUUCGUCAAGUCAGCAGGUGACAGCCCUGCGCAGGUUCGCUUUGACGGACAGCAGAAAGUGAUCGCUUCUUUCCCUCACCCAACUACGAGUCAGGAGUGGGAGACAUGGUAUACUAGGUUUGCUGGGAUGGUAACUAUCAAUGUCAAGGACGGAGACAAGCAGUUACAUAUCUCUGAUCAUGGCAGCUUGGAGGUUAUGGACUUCUUUGGCCGAAGGAAGGUAUAA